AUGGCAACUGCAGAAGAAAAGGAAUUUCUUUUGGGUGAGAUUUCACAGGAGAAAGAUCUACAUCAAAAGACAAUUGCUUGCUUCGAACAGGAGAGAGAAAAGAAUGCAAAGUUGAUCGAAGCGGAGAAGGGUGAAGACGAGGUGGUUGCGCGUGUCCUCGAGUUGCAGCGACAGAUUGAGAGUGGCGCCAAAGAGAGUGGUGAGUUGCGCGAGCAUAACCGACUGCUCGCUGAGGAGCGACGUUCCUUCGAGUUGAAGUGUGAGGAGUUCGAAGAGAUGGUGCGUGAACUGCGCCAAACCAUCGAUCAAAACGAAACUCAAGUGGAAACCGACACAGAACUCCGGCUGAAAUACGCACAGCUACUCACCAGUUUGGAUGAAGAGAAAGUCAAUCUUGACAUUGCCAAUGAAACCAUCGAUGAACUUCAUGAAAAGUUGAGAUUCUAUGAAUCUGGUGGUGGUGAUGGCGGUGAUAGUGAUGAUAGAGUUAGUAAUCAUGAAUUAUUCCAACAACAACAACAACAGGAAGAGAUUGAAUCUUCAACUUCAACUUCAACUUCUUCUUCAAGUACUUCAACUGUAAUUAAUCAACAACAACAACAACAACAACAGCAAUUUAAUGAACAAAUAAGUGAGAAAGAAGCAAAGUUGAAAGAGGCAUAUGAAAGUUUGGUGGAUGAUAAGAAAGAACUUGAGAAUAUGAUUGAACAAUUGAAAUUGGAAUUACGUUCAGUUCAAGAGUUAUGUUCAAAACAACAUUCAACUACAACUACAACGACAACCGCAACUUCGACAGCGGUCAACGAUGAAGAAUUAAAGAAAUUAAGAGAACAAAUCAAACUUGAAAAAGAGAGCUCAAUUGAUUAUCAAACUAAAUUUGAAAGAACAACAAGACAAUUGAAUUUAUUGAAAUCAUCGAUGGAAGAGGAAGCAAAGAAGAAUCAGGCAAUUAAAUCAGAGUUGGAGAGUAGAGUCAGUGAAUUAACAGAGGAGCUUUCUCAACAACAGAUAAGAGAUACAAGAUCGACACCAAACGAACAACAUCAACUCCAUUCACCAAUCGUUCAAGAAGACACAACCGAUAACAACAAUAACAUCGAUCAGGAAUCAGUCGAAAGACUAUUACAAAUUGAAACUAAAUAUUUAGAGAGUUUAGAUUCUAUUAAGGAUUUAACAAUUACAUUGGAGAACGAAAGAGAGUUUAUUAAGGAUCUCACCGAGAAAUAUGAGUCCAUGAAAAAAAAAAAACAAUCUUUGAAGAAACAAUUGAAGGAGUUGAAGGAAGAUUAUAUUAAGGUAGUGGAGAAACAUACCGUUGAAUUGGAGCAAAAGAAUACAUUAAUUAAUACAUUAAACGAAAGAAUUGAAAUAUUUACAAAGAAUUAUGAAAAUACAGAGAAUGUAUUGGAUAAAUAUACGCUGUUGGAGAUUGAAUAUGAUAAAUCUCUGAAAGAACUGGAAAAGAAACAGACACAAAUCAAUUUAUUGUUGGAGAAGAAUCAUGAGCAUUUCCAAGUGGAUGAGCGAAACACCAAGCAAAUCGAGGCACAAGAGAAUGAUUUACACCGACUGGCCAAGCUGAAUAGCGAGCAAAGCGAGGAACUCGAAACGAUGCACCAACACUUUGAAACUAUGAAGACACAUCAAGCUGAAUUACAAACACUUUACGAUGAACAAGUGGAAACUAAUAAGCGACUAAACGAACAACUUAAAUCUAAAUCUCAACAACAAUCUCAACAACAACAACAAUCUCAACAACCACAACAACAGUUAUCUGAGGAAAUGGUGAAAGAGUGGAAAUCAAAGGUUGAUCAAUUGAAUAAUGAGGUCAAUGGAUAUAAAGCUAGAAUCAAAGCGAUGGAGAGUGACCAAGAAGAUCUCACUAGAACAAGAGAGGGAUUGGCAGAGUUGGAGAGGGAGCUGGAAUCUUUGGAGAACCAAGAAAAGUCAGCCAAACGAUUGUUGGAUGUUGCCAACAACGAGCUGGCAACACUGAAAGAGGAACUAAAGAUGACCAAAGAGGAAGCUGAAGUCGCCAAAGAGGAGCUGGAGAUGCAAGAGGUGUUGGCCAGUGAAAGCCAAGAAAAGGUGGAGCUACUCGAGAAAGAAAAGUUGGAGUGGCAAUCCGAAGAGAAGAGACUGAUGGAGAACUCUGAACAACUGCAACAACAACUGCAACAACUUCAACUGCAACAACAACAACUAUCUCAAGCUGCACUGGUACAAAGACACAAAGGUCAUCAUCGUGAAAACAGCUUAACGAAACUAUUUACCAAUGUCGCGGAUACUGCUACCAACUCGCAGUCAUCCGAUGAGUAUAAACAGAUGUACGAUAAGCUGUUGCAGGAACACGAGGAUUUGCAAAAGAAGUUGGUUCGACUGACCGUCAAGUACAAUGCGGUCGAGAAGGAUUUGGAGAUUUCGCAAGCAGAGCAUGAACGCUACCUUAGGGUGAUGCAAGACUACGAUGUCAAUCGUAAGGAGUUGAGAAUGACCAAAGAGAUCAUUCAGCAGAUCGGUGCGCACAUGGCAGGGAAGGGAGAAGAUCAACUGUUCAAAAAGAUAGAAAAGACCUACAGCGAUAAGCAUAAGCGUUCCGUUAACUUUAGUGACAACAUAGAGUACUCUGAUGUCUACACAAAGAAUGUCAUGCCAUUCUUAAACACAGAACAAAAGGAGUUUGUCGGUAAAAUUAAGAAUCUUCAGCCAGACUACAAUAUCGACCGAUCGAAACUCUGGGAAAAUACCAACAAUAAGAUCAGUUUUACUGAUGAUCUCGAAAGAGAAUAUGAAGACAAUGAUGGAGAAGAGGAAAUCGAUGAUGUUAUUAUCCAUGACGAUGAUAACGAAGAAGAAGAGGAAUAUGACGAUGAAGAUGUAGAUCGUGAACUAGAAUCAGAGAUUGUUCUUAAUGAAGAUAGUGAAGAUGAUCUAGUAGCUGAUGAUUUAAUAGACGAUGAAUAUGACGAUGAAGCUGUAGAUCGUGAACUGGAAUCAGAGAUUGUUAUGGAUGAAGAUGAUGAUGAAUAUGACGACGAAGCUGUAGAUCGUGAAUUGGAGUCAGAGAUUGUUCUAAACGAAGACAGUGAAGAGGAAUAUCAAGACGAUGAAGUGGGAGAGGAAGAGGAGGAUGAACACCAAGAGUACAGUGAAGAGGAAGUACAAGAAUAUCAUCGAAUCCAUGAAGAAAUGGUGGAGAAACUAGAGACCUACGAAAGAGAAUUGGAAUCGCUUGGUGCAACCGUUUCCUCUAACAUCCAGGAGAUUCAAUCGCUACAGCAAGAGAAGAACUACCUCAAUGAUGUCGUAAGAGAUGCCAACAAGGUCAUCUGGUGUAUUCUCGGUACUUUGUUGAAUAUGAAUAUGAAGAUGUCGUCAUCUUCCUCAGCUUCAGCUUCAUCUUCGAUGCUGCAGAGUGAAGAAGAGAAUAACAGUGGUGACAGUGAAGGAGACAGCCAAGAGUAUCCAUUCGUUGCCAAACUCAAACAGAAUAUGAACAAUCUCGAGAAGACAGUUCAACAGAUUGCAACUUUACAACCGGCAACCAAUGUUAGCUCCACUCAGAUGAAGCGUGAUCUCGAGUUGUAUGAACAGGAGAACAACAAUCUGGUUGCAGAGAUUCAGCUGCUCAAGAAAGAUCAACUGUUGAUGAAGCAAUACAUUGAGAAUCUUGAGGAGCGUGCCGACGGUUUAGAGUCAAAGAACAAGCAACACCAGCUCUAUCUGACUACCGAACUUCUUCCACUGUUGGCAGAGAUCAACAACCAACUGGAGGUUGCCAUCCAGCAACGAACCGACUUGGUCAAGCAACUCAAAGAGAGACAAGAGCGUAUUGCCUAUCUCGAGCAACAGAACCUCAAUACCUCACAGGAUCUCGAAGUUACCAAAACCGAAUACCAAGUACUCUACGAUACCUAUGCUGCUACUACCACUAUUGCCGAGGCGGUAAAGGAAGAGCACAACAAGAGUAUCGAAAGUAAAGAUAAGAAGCUGGCAGAACUACAGAGUCAGAUACUUCAACUGCAACAAGAGAAUCAGAGCUAUCGUGAGAAACAACAUGCUUUGGACACCACAGCCAGCAGUGCAGAGCAGCAUCAACAACUCCAACAAAAGUUGAACGAAGAUCUCCAAAGAAACGAGAACGAGCGAAAACAACUACAAAGUGAAGUGGAUAAGCUAAAGAAUCAACUUGGUGAUCAACAAUCGAAACUUCAUCAAACCAACUUGGAGUCACAACAAGAGAUCGAAAGAUUGAAACAACAAUUAAGAGAUCAUCAAAAUCAAUUGGAUACACCAUUUGGAACUGGUGUAGUACAUAAUCAACAACAGCAACAGCAACAAUCAACAAAGGAACAACAGCAACAAUCAACAAAAGAACAACAACAAGUAUCUCAACAAAAAGAUAAUAAUUCAAAUAAUUUGAAAUUGGAUAAUGAUAUUACCAAUUUACUUAACUAUACAAAUCAUAUCAUUAAUAGCAAUAGUAGUAGUAGUAGCAAUUUGGCGGCAUCGGCGGCAUCGUUGUCGAAUCUUCACAGAAGUAAAAGUUAUAAUGCACUUUCAACACCAAUGUCUUCAAGCAAAUCACAACCAACAUUCACGCCACCACCAAACAUCUCCAAUACUACAACUACUACAACUACAACUACAAGCAACAAAUCAACUCCAAAUCCAAUGGGUGGCUAUUCACAAUAUCUCGAUGAAUUAAGUGAUCAACACCACCAACAACACCAACAUAUUAAUAAUAAUAUUAGUAGCAGUGUAAACCAAUCAAUGUCAACUACAUCAACAUCAACUUCCAAUAAGAAAUACUAUCCAACAUCAACGAUUACCUCACCUCCAACAACCACUACUACCAUAGUCCCAGAUGUCGAAUUGAUAACCGGACACAACGCAACCAUUAAGAGUAUCGAUGAUGUCCUCAAUAACCAAGAGAUUGAGAGACUCACCAAUAGUAGUUCACCGAUGUACUAUGACCAUUCAACACCUAUUUCACCAAUUGCGCCAACACGUGUUCUACCACAAUCGACAACAACAACAGCUCCAACAGUAUCACCUUUUGGUAAUGCAAUAUUCGGAUACUUUACUCCUUCCAACUCGACAACAGCAAUGCCAGUAACUGUACAUACAUCACCAACAACAACCACUACAACAACACCAAUAUACACCUCACCUUUCAGAACUACAACAAAGCCACCAAUAUCCAAUUCAUCUUCAACUCAUCACCAAUAUCCAAUGUCAGCAAUUCAUACACGAUCGAAACCAUUCACACAAUACAGCUAUAGCGGUAGCAAUAACUAUCGACACACCAACGAGUCAAAUGAAUACAAUAAUAACUAUAACGCAUCGGGAAGUAAUAAUCUAUUUGGAUACAGUAACUCUGCACCUACAACACCAUACAAACAACAAAGCAAUAGACUAUUCGCCAACCAACCUAAUCAAACACAAGACUUAUCAACCUCCUACUUUGACGAGCAACUAAUGGAAAAACUCAAAGAAAAAGAUGAAAUCAUACAUUAUCACGAAAGAAACGAACUUUUACUCUUGAAAUCACAACUAAAAGAUUUGAAACAUAUAUUAGAUAAGACAACAAUACAAUCAUAA